CACGCUCGAUUGUGCAUGUCUCAGCCUGGCCCAUCAGGACCGGAGACAUGGAUGAAACGUCGUUGGCAUCCCACCGAUGAAGAUCCCCGCGUCAAACGCUCACGAGAGUAUCAAAAUGACCGCGGUUUUCGAAGUGAUUUCCAUGGUCCCGACCACUCCGCCUAUGGACCCCAGGGUCCUCGCCGAGUCUUGCUCUAUCAUCCGCUUCAGGCUGAAUCCCGAUUUGACCUGGACCCAAUAGUGAAUAAUUUUAUGAGGGGGCCGCCUCGGCAUAUCCGCUUCGAUCAACCCGAACCCCAAUUGGGCUGGCCCAAUCCAAUGCCUUAUCGUCCUGGGGUCGACUUGACUGGCCCGCCCACCAAUGAGCAUCGUGUACUCCAAUAUUUGUCCUUAUCUACAUUGUUCGACAAGGCUAUUCCUCCAACCACCCGAAAAGCUGACGCUAAAGCUAACGAGAAGGAGGCAAGUUACGAGGGUUUAAGCGAAGAUAUGCGAGUAUCGUUCCUUGAAGAGCGCCAAAGUUCGCUCGUGUUCGAGCGGAAAGUGAGUCUGUGGCAGAAAAUGGACGAUCUGGUCGCGAAAAACUUCCCUGGCGCCUUUCUGCAAGUGUUUGGAUCCACCUUGAAUGGCUUCGGUAACAAGAGCUCGGACAUGGACCUCGGCAUUUUCGUGGACUUGAAUCGCGUGUCGGCCUCCUUCUCGCAGCGACAGAUGAAUGCGGGGGAACGCAUUAAAAUCUUACUUCACAGACUAAAGCGAAUCAUCAUGGUUCAAAUGUCGACAAGUAUCCACUCUAACAUCGAGAUGAUUCCGGCGAAGGUGCCGAUUUUGAAAAUGCGCGAAAAGAACUGGAACACGGAGAUCGACAUAGCUUGCAAUCAUCCGAUCGGUGUCCGGAACACGCAUCUUCUCUUCCAUUAUUGCCAGCUGGAUUGGCGCAUUGCUCCGCUGGUGCACACCAUCAAAUUAUGGGCCAAGACGAACAAGGUAAAUGAGGCCAAGAAUGGGACUUUCUCCAGCUACUCUCUCUCACUCAUGGUUCUGCACGUGCUCCAACACGUGGUUCAACCCCCAGUGAUCCCGAGUCUCCAACACCUCGUCCCCGAAGCCUUUGAUCCCAAUUCAGAUAUCACCAGCUUAAACUUUGAACGGGUUCUGCCUCAAUAUGCCAGUUCGAACUGUCAAUCUCUAGGUGCCUUGUUGGUCAGGUUCUUUCAGUAUUACGUUCAAGAACUUGAUUUCACCCAACACGUCCCUUCCGUACGAACUGGAGGUGUGUUGACCAACACUGAUUGCGAGGCUCAAGCCAGACGGCAGGGAACGCCUCCCAGGCAGUGGAAGGCGUAUAUUUGUGUGGAGGAACCUUUUGAGCGGACCAAUGCGGCUCGAGCCAUUUGCCGACGAGAGGCCUUCGACGAUAUUUUGAACGCUAUGACGAGGACCUGGAACACGCUGGCCUCCAAAUCCGCGACGGCGACCUUGGCAUCAAUUCUCGGACCCACGGAAUAACAUUUUAUUCAGACUUGGUUUCAGGUCUGCCAGUCAGAUCUGCCUGUGGCUGUGAAAAAAUGCAGGAUCGAAUUUCUAAUCGUGUUCAUGUCACUGGAAGAUUACCAGUUCCCUGCCAAGUUCGAAUAGUUGGGUGCAAAGCGAGGGUAGUAUUUUGAUAUAUUUAUUUUGAAGUCGUGAGGAGUGCUCCAUAUUGAAUUGGGCUAUUGUGUU